ACUCUGUGCGCGCAUUAGGAGUUGUUGGCAUUGCUGUGAGCUCACUCUUUUCGCUCUUUCUCCGCAGUCACAACUCAAAGCGAGGGAGAGAGAGUGAAGUGAUCGCUUCGCUGUUCUAAUCGCCGUUUCAUUGCCGGAAAAUCUGAGAUCUCUCAAUCUCCGACGACCUUUGUAACUCUCUUUUUUCUUCAGUGAGUGUUAGGUUAGGGUUUAUAUAUAUGGCUUCGGAGGAUGUGAAGACCGGGGAAUCCGCGGUAACGAAGAUCGUUAAUCUGGCUGAGGAAGCGAAGCUCGCUAGAGAAGGUGUUGUCAAGGCUCCAAAUUACGCCCUCGCUAGCAUCUGCAAAAGCCUUGUCGCCGGUGGAGUCGCUGGAGGAGUAUCACGUACUGCAGUUGCUCCACUGGAACGCUUAAAAAUUUUGCUACAGGUCCAGAAUCCUCAUAACAUUAAAUACAACGGAACAAUACAAGGCCUAAAAUAUAUAUGGAGAACUGAAGGUUUCCGUGGACUAUUCAAAGGGAAUGGUACUAAUUGUGCUCGAAUUGUCCCUAAUUCUGCUGUGAAGUUCUUCAGCUAUGAGCAAGCUUCUAAGGGUAUACUGUAUAUGUACCAGCAGCAAACUGGAAAUGAGGAUGCUCAGCUGACUCCUCUUUUACGUCUUGGAGCUGGAGCAUGUGCUGGAAUAAUUGCUAUGUCUGCCACUUAUCCAAUGGAUAUGGUUCGAGGCAGGAUUACUGUACAGACUGACAAAUCGCCUUAUCAGUACAGAGGAAUGUUCCAUGCUCUGUCUACUGUGCUUAGGGAAGAAGGUCCUCGUGCUUUAUAUAAGGGCUGGCUUCCUUCAGUUAUUGGAGUUAUUCCUUAUGUAGGUCUCAACUUUGCUGUCUAUGAGUCUCUAAAAGAUUGGUUAAUUAAAUCCAAACCUUUUGGUCUAGUAGAAGAUUCUGAGUUGAGUGUGACAACACGACUGGCCUGUGGUGCUGCUGCUGGAACUGUUGGACAAACUGUUGCUUACCCUCUUGAUGUCAUUCGUCGAAGAAUGCAGAUGGUCGGUUGGAAUCAUGCUGCAUCUGUUCUAACUGGUGAUGGGAGAGUCAAAGUCCCUCUUGAAUACACUGGAAUGGUUGAUGCAUUUAGGAAAACUGUUAGGCAUGAAGGAUUUGGUGCUUUAUACAAGGGUCUGGUGCCCAACUCUGUAAAGGUUGUCCCAUCGAUAGCAAUUGCAUUUGUAACAUACGAGGUGGUGAAGGACAUUUUAGGAGUUGAGAUCAGAAUAUCAGACUAAAGAGACCGCAUGAUAUCUGUUCACCCGGUGUGGUUUUUCUUUUCUUUUUCUGUAGGCAAGGGGAUGCAGAGAUGGUAACUUACUGUUAUUUUCUUGUUUUUCAUCUCUCCAAGGAUGAGUUUAGAAACUCUUAGAGCUAGUUUCUAUAAAUUUAUUCCCUUGUUCCUAUUUGUUUUCCUUGUGAACGUGCUGUAGUUUUCAGGUUAUUCAUCUUCUAUGUCAAUAAGUGUUGUGGAAAAACAAUGCAAGGACAUAUAUAUGUGCCUAGCUUUCUGCGCUAGUUGAAAAAUCAUUUUUCUUAGUGGAAUUUGCAUUAAAUAUUUGCUUGCCCUCCCGCCCCCUACCUAUCAUAGAAAUAAUACUUUUUUAAUGAAUGGGUUACAACAUUUGCAUUGGUGUGUCUAAAAGGACAGGUUAAUGCAAUGAAUAAUAAUCUCAUUUUACUUGUUUAACCAUUUUGUCGUGGGUUUUGCCAUGAAAAAAUAGGACCUUUUAACAUUUAGUUAUUACUGCAAUUUAAUUGAUGAGAUCACGUUUCAAUUCAUAGAAUGGAGGCACACGCACUAUGUUCUAUUACUCUUCUUUUGGGAGUCAAUUAGAAAUAGCAGUGUUAGACAAACACAUUAUUACUCCUUUGUUAGCUAUUUAAGUGUUAAGUACGCCUUAUCUACCCAUUUAUGCUUAACUGAAUUUUGUUACCCAAACUAUUCACCAUUCAAAGACGAAGCUAGGACGUCAAGUGCGCAAUGGAGAUUUAGGCACAAAUAAUGUAUAGUUGAUAACUAUAUAUAAUAGGAACAAGUAGUCAUUUUCUCUUCAUUUCUAGUCUAACAUAACGUGUAUCGUCUUUUGGUAUUUUGAUUGCAUGAUGAAGGACAUCUGAAAUGCAAAAUGUCAGAUGAGCCCGUGGGUACAAGAGCCGACUAUUAAGUGCUGGUCCGUCAUAAUCCUUUCCGUCCCACUGAUCCAAAGCUUCUGAUGGUAUUGGCACAACAACAUGUUGACCAACGUUUGAAAACAAAUUUUGUGGGGACGUUCGUGCUUCUCUCUCUGAUGUCUAUCGUUGGAGUUCUUUGUCACGUUGAUGAUGACCUCUCCAGCUUGAUCUCACAUAUCUCUCAAUUUGUAAUUUUGAUGUACAAGCUGUAGCUCCUGCAACCGGAUGCACUUACAUUACGCUCACUCUCCUUAAAUCUACGCAGUCAUCAAUCGUGAUUGAAAUUGACACUUGCAUUAUACAGGCAACAUGUUUAGCUGGGCUAGAGACGCGUUUGUCUCAUACAAGCAACAUGUUUAGCUCACUCUCUCCUCUUCGUACUCUAUCAUCCUUUUUAUUUCAGUGUCUCUUUCCCCUGCUCUACCAUAUAACCUAUAUUGAAAACAAAUGUAUUAUGAAUUCCAAAUUAAUUAAUGUGUGUCUAUGCAUAUUCACCAAUAAAACUCGCCUUGGGAGAGGAUUCCCCGCAUACAUCACGGGAUUUAUUUGAAUCUACAUU